CCGUACUUCUAUGAUUAUGAAACAUGCAGAACAAGAGAGUCAACAAGGUAACUACUAGACUCCCUGAAUUUCUCAUACACGCAGUUUUGGUCUCUCUAUAAAUACUCAUCCAUUUCUUCUUCAUUUCUCAUCAACAAAUCAAUAUAGGAAGUAUUACUCCCUCUCCAUUUCAAAAAAGAAGAGUCUCGAGAAGUCGAAAACAUGGGUCGAGUCGUUCAAACAGAACCAUUUCAUCUUUUAAACAUAUUCAUCAUCGCCAAUAUCCUUCUCUCCACAGUGUUCCACCAUCCGAUAGUUCACGCCAUUCGCCACCAAAACAAACACUCUAAAAAUCCGGUUUUCUCGCUACCCCUUCACCCGCACGACCACCAGAAGAAGAUCAACUACACGAGCCUAGCAAUCUCCUCGUUAGCGAGGGACAAAGCCCGGGUCGAAUACAUCAACUCCAGGAUCCGAAAAGCCUUACUCCACAACUACACCGACCCGAGCAACUUCUUCACUGGGGAGGAAGAAAUUGAGACUUCCCUCUCCAGCUUGGGUGGCGGGUACCUUGCCAAACUCGGGUUUGGCCAACCCGUGAGUGAAUUCGACUUGUUAGCCGAUACGGGCAGCGAGGUCACUUGGCUCCAGUGCUACCCAUGCAAGGACUGCGACCCGAAUUCGGGCUUGGUUUUUGACCCGUCUCAGUCCUCUACUUAUCAACCUUUAUCUUGUUCCUCCCAGCAGUGUGAUGCACUUCAAGGCGAAAAAAUUUGCAGUACCGACGGUAACUGUAACUUCAUCGUAAGAUAUGGAGACAGAUCGGCCUCCACGGGGGAUUUCGCGACUGAAACGUUAUCGUUUGGGAGUUCGGGUUCGGUUGGAAAUGUGGGAAUCGGAUGCGGGCGAGAAACUGGAGGGCUAAUAGCCGCGUUUUCGGGUAUACUUGGACUCGGCCCCAGUCCCGUAAGUUUCCCUUCUCAAAUUAAAGCAACUUCCUUUUCUUAUUGCCUUGUGGAACCCGGUUCCGGGUCAUCUUCUACUCUGGAUUUUAACUCAGCGGCCCCGGGGGACUCGGUCAACGUCAAACUAGUUCGGAACCCGAAAAAGGACCUUUACUACUACGUCGAACUCACCGGGAUCACCGUCGGAGAAGACCAAGUUCCGGUCCCACCUUCCGUUUACCAAAUCAACGGUGACGGUACCGGAGGAGUGAUAGUUGAUUCGGGCACCACGUUGACUUUUUUGGACCCCGACGUUUACAACUCAUUCCAGGACGCGUUCCAAAGAAAUGCACAAAACUUGGCGGAUUCCCAGGUCAACUUUCAGGGUUAUGAUACGUGUUAUGAAUUCGCCUCCGGCACUUCUGCUUCCGACAUACAAGGGCCGGCGAUGUCGCUUCAGUUUUCCGGAGGUCAAACCGUCGCGUUGGGACCGGGGAACUACUUCAAAAGGGUUGCUGAUUCGACGUUUUGUCUGGCUUUCGAACCUACCAAUCAGAUUGUGUCAAUCAUUGGGAACGUAGUACAAAGUGGGAUGCGUGUUACGUAUGACCUCGGCAACAACUUGAUUGGUUUCAGUCCUAAUAUGUGUUAAAAUUUUGAAGCUUUUUUCACCCCUAUACAACUAUAUUUAUGUCUUAUCUUACAAAUAAAAAUUGAUAUGCGUAUUAAUCAAAUUUUCUACCAUUAUUUUUGUGCUUGUGAAUGAAUAUUACUAUUUGAAUUACGGGAUUCCCUUUUUUUUUUUAAUUAAAAUUCCCUCACUAUUUUUACAUCCUAUUCGCAUCCGUUCCUGUUCAAUCAAUCUUAUAAUUGUGCCUAUGCAUUUAUAAAGUUUUUCCCCCAUCUCUUUUGUGCUCAGUCUUACCAGUUUUAAUUGGAAUAUUUGUUUUAUACCAACAAAUGAGUCCGAUUUUGAAUUUUCAAUCUUGGCCUCUAGGCUCUAAUGUCUUCGUCGAGUGAGAAUUUGACUCACGGUCCUUUUCCUUGAGACUAUUUACGAACACAAAGGCAUUGACUCAUUGACCAUGCAUGCAUGGCCAUGAUGCGCGACAGCGUCUCUUUCCCGUUGGUCGAAAUGCACAAUAUACAUUUUUCCCACAAUGAUUUCUGGUCUUCUACUUUUACUUAUUUAUUAAUGAUUUUUAACGCAAUUUUAUCAGUACUUUUUUAAUUCCAUUUUCCUACAUGAUAGGCAUGUGAAUUCCCUCACUAUUUGUGGAAACCGUGCACAUGAGUCUAUGUCUGAGAGAGAAUUUGUAAGUACUUGAAGGAUCAUUAGAAGGCAAGAAUAAUUAGAGUGGAAAAAGAUCAAUGCGCUAAAUUAUUUCUACCCUUUAAUUUCCACGGCAGCCCCAAUUAGUUAGAGACCUAGAGUCAACAAGUGAUACUCCCAUGUGACGAUUUUAUUUUUUUUAGGUAUAGAUUGUACUAAAAGAUGAAAAUUGAAAUAUGGCAAAACAAAUAAAAUAGUAUAACGCAUAUCGCUAGCUUCGGUCUCUCUUGUUCAGAUAUUCAAUGGAAG